CGGAACAUUCAAAUUUCUAAGCAGUGCCACGUGCCUAUACGACAGGUUCCAUUCAUAAUCAUUCUACUAGUUGUUGACAAUUGUCGGAAGGAGAAUUGUAGGCAAUAUAUGAUUGUUUAGUGGAUACAGGAGAAGUGUGAAAAAAACAACCUGCUGCAGUGUGGUCAGUGUUUUGCUGAGAGCCCUUCAUAAAGUCCACGUCAGAUUAAGUAACAAUCCCUGUGUCUAAAAGCCAACACUGCGGUGUCGAAGUACUCAUGUAAUACUGGCCAUAGUGAAGUGAGAAACGAAUGCGAAUGCGGCGCCCAAGUAUCUAGUCACUUACUUCGAUUGUUCAACUACCAAAGAUGGUAAUGCAGAACCAACGCAAUUGCAAUAAUUUGAGUAACAACAGCAGAGAUUGCAGUGUAAGGACUGCGAGUAAACUACUGCAAAAAGAUGGAGUGUGGUCCUUAAUUGGAAACAGUGUCCUCAUUUCCCUAUUGUGGUGUCUAUUCCAAGUUGGAGCUCAUGCAGGCAAUGUUGAAGGCGUGGAUGAUUCGAUACUAUUUAAGAUGAGAUGGAAAAAUCCUCUACCCACACUGGAUCCACUACCCCGGGAAUUUCAGAAUCACGAUAUGAUUCGUAUGAUGAGCUCGGACAAGGAACCCUAUGUAUGCUUUGUGCCACGGCAUCUCGAAGUAAAGGCAAGUGAAGCAACCACCCGAAAUUACAAUGGUCCCACACCACUUGAGCUACUUGAACCGCUGCUCGCAAACCGCGUGUGCAGAUACAAGUUGGAUCAUUACUGGACGUACCAGCUGUGUCACGGGAAAUCACUUCGACAAUACCACGAGGAUACCACGAGUACAAAAGUGCAUAUCGUUGAGUUCUACCUCGGAAAGUACGAUCUCGAUAUGAUGAAGGCCGACAAUGAAAAGUACAAGGCAGAAUUUGCAGAGCGUCUUAAAACUCCAACGCUUUCGAGAGCACCGACUGUUAAAAUUGACGGAGUCGAUCACCCUUAUUUUGCUGUUAAUAUGUCAUAUGGUACGCUUUGUGAUAUUAAUCAACGCCCGCGCAAUACGCAGGUGUGGUACGUUUGUGACCAGAUGAGUGACCACGACGUGCACUCGUUUGAGGAGCCUGCGUCCUGUACGUACAGAGUCGUCGUCAGAACGCCUUACCUAUGCAAACAUCCUGAUUAUAGAGUGGAAGUGGCUCCAGAGAAUGAGAUUUCCUGUCAUCCUGAAAUCAAGCUCGAUAGUAAACUGCAACAACAAGAACCAAUCGCCGAUGCAGCUGCCUCUGACGCUGAAGAUGGUACCGAACGCUUUACGAAUGUAAGCGGCGAGAAUGACGAGAGCUGUGGACCUGUGAGCAGUAGCGACAAUGGACAGAUUCUCACUGGUAACAGUCCGCAAGGAUCGUGUAAGGCAACGCCAGCCUCUUCCAUUAAAGAAAGUUCCGGCCGACCAUUGGCGGAAGGUUCGACGAAUGCAAAUGAGCCCCAGAGACUUAGGGAAAUGGUCCGAGAGAACGAAGAAUUUCGCGAGAGUGCCUUACAAGAGUCAGAUGGAGGGAGUCUUGGAGAUGAUGUUAAGCGCACGUUGAAGAUCUUUUUUUUACCUCAGGAAGACGAGCCCCGGCCGGAAACCCCUCCACCUCAUGAUCAGAGGCACGUUGAACGUUUUCUCAGUGGUGACUACUGCCUACAAGGGGGUACAGGUUGGUGGAAAUAUGAAUUUUGUUAUGGCAAACGGGUGAGCCAAUUCCACGUUGAAAAAGGGAAACGUACCCAAGAAAUUCUACUAGGACGUUGGAAUCAGCGAAACCAUCGGGCCUGGGUAGACGCAAACCCGUCGAAAAAGGUAGCUGUUGGCAUCAACUCUGUGACCCAUUUCUAUAGUGAAGGCGACAUCUGCGAAGUGACAAGGAUACCUAGAACAGUUAAAGUUAAACUGAUUUGCAAAUCCAUUAAGGGCCAUCCGGAUGCGGUGAGCAUCUUUCUUCAAGAGCCAAGACCAUGCGAAUACACGUUGACCGUUGAAAGUUCCAUUGUUUGUCACGUGCAAGACAUGGUUGACGAUUACGGACUGCCUGCCGAUGAGACACCUAUCGAUAACCAUUACCAGCAUAGAACAACCACUGAGGCCACAUUGCCACAGGUUCCAACAGCUGCCCCACAAACGACCGAAGUUACUCCGUCUAGACGCGAUGUUGAUGUCGAAGAUGAUGAAGAUGUCGAUGUAAUUGACGAAGAUACUCCAGGAGAAAGGAACAACGCUUCUCCCUCGAAAGGAGAGGACGCCGAGGCGGAGGACGGCGCCAGACCGGCGCGAGCUACACCAUCACAAAACAGCGGCAAUAAGCCACCAUCGGGCGUGUAAACACUUUGAUAUCCCUCACUGCUGGUAGCUGUUGCUCCAGUAGAUCUCGUCUUUAGUUGGUAUGGAGGAGAUCGUGCAUUUUUCCAAUGAAUUGUUCAAAACAUGUUUUAAAAAAAAAUGUUUUAAGAAUAGAAUAAGUAGAAUGUGGAUAAUACUUUUGAAUAGGGAAUGCUGUUUUAGGAAAAACAAUAUCUUCAAUCUCAUGUGCAGAUGGUAACGCCAAUUGUGGAUUCUUGCAGUGCAUGAGGGUUACUGUGAUUAGCGAUGGUUACGUAAACGGCGUGUGAAAUGCGUGAGAAGCCGUACAUAUUCUAAACUUAAAAGCUUCUGUUAAACGGAAGCUGUCGGGAACCAGUCGUGAUUUUCGCAACGGAGUUGACUAAGAAAGCAACCUUGAAAAUUGGGACAAAACUAGACAUAUAAAACACAAUAACUACAAUCAAGAGUCAAAUCAAUACAUCAAUCAUGCUGGAGAAUUGGUUAUCACAAAAGCAAGGUUAGUAUACUUGCAGACCAAGCAGAUAUGUAAUAGAAGAAUUGUAUAAUAUAAAGGAGUGGCAUGUGUAUUUAAAUGUAUCACGUGACUAGUUCUUGUAUUUGUCUAGUAGGUAUUGAAAUAAAAUUGCCAUUACACGUCUUUUAUUGGAUGUUGGAGAGAGUAAGGUUAGUUCUAAUUGACCACACUACAGUAGCUACUGGAUUCCUUGCCAUAUGUGCCACGUAUUAACAUGUCACUAGUACAUAUCCAAAUGGAUAAUUGCGAUGACUGCUCAUCGUCCUCUACUCCUUCUGCGUAAUCUAUGCACAAUUACUUAUUCGAGCUGUCAAAUUAAUACGUGGGUUUUGGACCGGUUAGUACAAUGAAAAACGAGACUGUAACUAUCCUCCUAACAUACAUACUCAACUUUACGCGCUUUCGAAAGGAUGGCAACUAGCAAUUAUAAUAAAAAUAAAAAUUCUC